AUGUCGACCGUCAUGGAGCCAAAGAAGUUCGCUUCUUUCAUGAAAGAAGAUGGGCUCUCGCUCUUUGGCUCGCGCCCACAGUCUCCCGCUCUCAGCGGUCGCUUCGGCCUGCGUCGGAGCUCAUACUCCAGUCGGUCCUCCAUGUCCUCGGAUAGGCUGGAUACGCCCACCAUGUCCUGCGUGACCAGGGCCACCUCCAAAGAAGACUGCGCGACCCAGCGCUUUAUCGUGUGGGCCGCGGUCCGCCGCAAUGCGUGCGAUCGUAUGACGGAAGGCGAGCGCCUCGAGUGCCCGCUGCUGCGCUGCACACAGCGCUUCCAGGACCACGAGUCUAUGCUGCGCCAUCUCAUCACGUGCGACCGUCUUGAAUACUGCGAAUACUGGUGCUACGAACAUAUGCGCAUCGAGCGUUUCGACGACAGCCGGUGUAAGAAGUGCCUCGGCCACCCGUCGAAACGCCGCAAGAUGCUGUCCAUGGCCAAGAGCUUCUUCACGUCGCUCGGCCACAAUAAGGGCAAGGCUGUCGUGGACCAGGGCGGCCUUGACGCGGGACUCUCGCCCGCGCCCUCUUUUGCGUCGGCCAGCAUGCCGUGCUCGUCCGUGUCGCCCAUCUCGCCGGACAGCCUCGACUUUAGCAGCGGCUAUCUGAGUCGGAGCGGCAGCAAUGGCAGCAGCAGCAGCAGCAGCGCCCGCUUUAGCGGCACCAGCCGGAGCAACAGCAACCGGUCCAGCGACAGCCGCAGCAACAGCUACGGCCGGCCUGGCGGUGCGGAUGCGUCCAGCUGCUCCUCUUCAUCGGCGUCGCCCUUCUCCGGGACGGGCUUCCAGCCACCACCUCGGUACGAGGACAUCAACACCCGGAUGCAUGCCGGCGUGCACGCCGAGCUGCCAUCGACCGAGAUUGUCGAGAUUGACUCGCGGGAACUCACCGAGAUGCCCAAGCAGUCGCCCUUCCCUUCGGCUGCAGGCACACGACCGUCUGCAGUGAACAUGACGACGCAGCCGGACUUUGUGCCGGAUAUCACAUUGUCCACACCGGCGCUUCAGGCCAUUCCGUCGAUAGCACCGACCGUGUCACCGACGCCCCCGCCAGCCUGUCCUACCCCUCCAGUGGCCAUGAGCGCCGUCUCUCCGAUCGCGGGCCAGGCCUCCAUCGACCCGAUGAACCUGUUUUUGCCCUCGGAGUUGGACUCGACCACCAUUUCGCAGACCAACUUCAUGGACUGGGAGCCGGUUGCCUCCUCUUCGAAUGGCAUGACAAUGCCUGGUGCGCUUGACGGAGUUGACGUCCAGUCUUUUAUGGAUGUCCAGAGCAGCGAUGCCACGCUGUACACCUCGCCAAGCGAGGCCAUCCUAGAGCGUCCGUCGCUUCUGCUGGACAUGCAGGCGGGUCUGCAGAUGGCUCCCCCGCCACUGCCGCCUACGCGGCCGCAGCGCCCCACGAGCACGACGCCGGCGCCGCGCAGCAAGAACCUGUCGCCCAGCUCAUCGGUCCGCUCGACGACAAGCACGACCAGUACCACGAGCACAGCGAGCAUGGGCAGUCUGAUGAGCGACGUGAGCGAUGCCAGCUUUAUGAGCAACGCCACCUCUAUCGUCUCGCCUGUGUCCGACUGCAGCCAUGGCGCAGCCACCAACCCGUGGUCGACGUCCACGUCCACUGGUGACCUGACGACGUCGGCUUCGCCGGCCGAUGAAUUCUCCAGCUUCUUUGAAACCGACUUCUUUGCCACUGCGGAAUCUGGCCUGUCUACUGACCUGUCCAAGGCGUUCGAGUCGUGCUACGCUCCCGAUAUGGCUGGCGACUUCACCGAUGUCUUUGACAGCCUUGCCAACGACGCCCUGCUCUUUCCGCUCGACACGGCCAUUAUGGGUUCUAUAGAAGAGCAAAAGCGGCCCAUGCCGUUGCCGUUGCCACCACCGGCCCCAGGAACAGGGUCUUCUGCCAUACCUGUCAAAGACGACGUUGCUGACAACCGUACGAAUACUGCUACUCACAACGACGCUGAUCCCCUCUUCCUCGACGCUCAAGACAUGGCUGCCUCUGCACAGGACUUGCUGUUGACGCAUGUGAUGACGUCUCUGGCCAAGCUUCGCGACAUCGACUGCUCCAAGAACACGCUUGCUCUUCUCUUCCAGAACGCCUCGCCUCGCCUCAUCAUGGACACUGGUAUCCAGGCCCUGCAAACCGCCAUCGCGACGGGAAGCGAGACAAUGACACCGUUCAACACUCUGUGCUUCCUCCACCUGAUCUAUGCCUUUUCGCUUGUGACGUACGAGUCGGAGGCCGCGCUGCGGUCCAGUGCCCUCUUCAACCAGUCUCUCGAGUACUCCCGUCAUUUCAGCGCCGUGGACCGUGAAAACUACCUGGAAAUCGUCUCCCUGAUCUGGCAGCCCGUCGAGAUGACUGCUGCUGUCCUGUCUGAACGCAUUCGCCGUUUCCGCAAACACGCUGCCAACCGCGCCGUUUCGUCGCUCUCGCUGGACGGUGCCGUGGCCAAUGCCGCCCGCGCCUUCUUGGACGACCUGGAAAUCUCCACCGUGUUUGUGCCGCUUUCGACUGCGUCUGAUUUGAUCAAGGCCUCGCCCAUCUACUCGCUCCACUUUGGUCCCUACAGAAACAACAACAUCCGCAACUCGCCCGCUCUGUCGUCGCACGCCCGCACCGUCAUUGAUUCGCUCCGUCGCAACUUCCCCCAUGUCGCCGGCUUGAACACUCGCCUCGAUGCGAUUGCACGCCUGCUGGACGAUGGUCACGCUUCUCAGAACGCGGGCCAUACCAGCAAUGGUCUUGUUGACAGUGUCCGGUGGUUCGAAAUCAAGCUCCUGCAUGCCGGCAAGGCCUCUCUGGGGACGUCUGUGCUCUUCUUUGACCAGUUUGUGCGCCAGACGCGGUCGCUGUGUGAUCCCAUGUACGCGGCCCACGACACACCGCUGCGGCCCAUGUACCACGUUGCCAGCAUCGCCCUUCUCCGCACAAUCUUUGACACGUCCAAGAACGUGCAUCUGUCGCAGGGCAUGAAGGUCGUGUCGUCCGUGCUGGACGAUUCGCUUCUGUCGGACAACCUGCUCUCGAGCGUCGUGACCGAUACGACGACGGGCAAGGAACUUGCGGCCCACGUGCUGCCUCCUACCGACGAGACCGCAGACCUGUCUCAGGCGGAUCUGCUGUCCAUGGACGAGACCUUGAUGCCGGCUGCGGCGGACGACGAGUCGGCGGCUGCUGCUGCUCCUGAGGGCGACGCGGCGCCGGCGGAAGACAGCGACGCCGCAACCAAGGCGGCAAAGGUCGAGGUCGAGGCGGACGACUGCUGCGAGCUGUGUGGUUACCGGCCCAAGGGCGACCCCAAGUGGUUCCGCGGGUCGAUGGCCAAGCACCGGCUCACCAAGCACUCGGCCGAGGUGAUUUACAAGUGCCCGUUCCCCAACUGCACGAGCCAGUACCGCAACCGCCCGGACAACCUGCGGCAACACCAGCUGGAGAAGAACCACUUUGUCGAGGGCGACGAGGUGGUGGCCAAGAAGCCGCGCAAGCAUAACCGUCCGGCGGCGUCGGCACAGGCCGGCAAAAACGGCGAUGCGUCGACACGCCCGGCCAAGAAGAGAAAGGCAUCGAAUUGA